AUGGCUCCUACGCUCUCCAAGAUGCAGUCAGUUAACAAACUCCGCAUCGCUAUAGUCGCACCGCUGUAUUACACUGUCCCACCGACGAAAUAUGGCGGUACUGAGCGCGUGGUGGCUUAUCUGAUUGAGGGACUUGUUUCACUGGGACACUCAGUAACUCUAUACGCUGCGGAGGGGUGUAAGACGGGAGCAGAGUUGGUCCAGUGUACACCUAUAACGUUACAUGAUGCCGGCAUUACUGGCACAAUUGCAGAAAUGCAAUAUCCAUACACUCUUCAACUCAAGCGUGUGCUUGCCGAUCUUACCAGCUACGAUGUUGUCAACAUUCACCAUGGGAUAUUCCCAUUUCACCGUGACAUCUUUGACAGACCGGGGCCAUACGUUUGGACUGACCAUUGUGAGCUGCAUGUUGAGAACAAAGGCGAAACCCUCCAAACACUCUACAACAAUGCGAACGCAGGCGCCACAUCCAUCUCUGAUAGCCAGCGGGAUAUCCUCACAGGCGCAGAAUAUUGGCUUCAGACCAUCUAUCACGGCCUACCAAAGUACCUUUUGGCGCCAGUUUCCUCAACGAAGCCCGAAUAUCUCGCAUUUCUCGGCCGCCUUGCACCCGAGAAAGGUGCUCCUGAUGCAGUUCGAAUCUCUGCUUUGGCUGGCAAGCACCUCAAAGUAGCCGCCAAGCGUGAGGCUAUUCAUGAGACUUAUUUCAAAGAAUCAGUCAAGCCACUGUUCGAAAAGCAUGACGUUGACUACAUCGGAGAAAUUGCAGAUGCAGGCAAGAGUGUGUUUCUCAGUGGUGCUGUUGCUCUUAUCUUUCCGAUUGCAUGGAAGGAGCCGUUUGGUCUGGUCAUGAUUGAGGCAAUAGCCUGUGGUACGCCGGUCAUUGCAUACAACAAAGGUGCAGUUCCUGAGGUUGUUGAGGAAGGUGUGACAGGUUUCAUCGUCAAUAGCGUGGAGGAAGCUGCAGCAAGAGUUGCUGAUGCAGCUAAACUUGAUCGCAAGCGAAUUCGGGCUGAGUUUGAGAAGCGUUGGACUUCAGUAACUAUGGCUCAGAAAUAUGAAGAGCUGUUCUACCGCAUCAGAGAUGGCACAGCUUGGACGCAAACUACUUCAAGUGGCACGAACAGCUUCACAAGCCAGUGCGAUAGCAACGACAAUGUCACUGACAAUGCUAAUACCGCCGCACACGUAUGUCCUGGCCACCACCACUGCACCAAAGCACAAGCAGGGCAUUCUAAGGCUCAUGUCGGAUCAAGCGACAGUGGGGUAGCCACUGAUCCUACCGACGAGCUUGAGGACAGCAUUGCUGAGCUGCAAAUAGCUAACACUGACACAGCGAAAUAG